AUGCAGGCCGCGCAGCCCUGUUUGUGUCGCAUGAAAAUCUCGACUAUCUACCAGUUCUCUGCAAAUUCCAGGCAAGGGUUUAGGGUCUUCACCUACGGAUGGCAAGGAGAUGUCACGGAGACAGAAUUUCGGGGGCUGCUGCAGCAGCUAAAGAUUUUUCCUGCUGCUGUUUUGCGGCUGCAGCUCGAGGGCUGGAAGGAGACAGGUUUCUUUUUGCAGUUUGACCGCAUGCGGGACGUCAAGCUCGUCAUGUCGCGCCUGCAGCUGCUGCGCCGCCGGUGGCGGCUGCAUCCCCAUGCGGUCUUCUUUGCUUUGCCUCGACGAGUGAGGGUUUAG